UUUUCCACGCGACGCGGGCGGGCAAUUUGAACGUUCGCUGUUGUUGUGUGCCCUGUGUUGGUUGAGUUACAGUCUGAUCUGCUGUAAGAGGGGAAAAUAUCUGGAGUUUCUUCAGGAGACUGUUGGGAUGAACGGAGGGACUCCUCGGAGCAUAAUGACGGACUCUAAUAGCAUUGACAGCUCGCAGCGGAGACGCUCCCCGCGGCUGAGCUCUCCGCAAGCUCAAAGUGACAACAAAAUGGCGCUGCCGUCUCUCGCUGUUAAACGCUCAAUCACCGUGAGAAAAAUAGCGCCCAGAAAAACAGUCGCGUUAUCGGAACAGAACAAGGAGAACACACCGAAGCCGUCCAGGUCUGAGGGCAUCCAGCAGAAAAAGCCGAAGGUCUCCACGCCCGGUCCCGUCCCGGGCCGAGAGAGCAGCUCUUCCUCGGCUAAGAAGAAAAAGGCCACUAUGCCUUCACCGAUCCUCCCCUCAUCACCGCCGCCCGCUUCUCACCCCCCGCAGAUGGAUCCAGAGGACGCGGUGUGGUCGCAGAAGGUACGCCGAUCUUACAGCAGGCUCAGCGAGAAGUCAUUCAACAGCCCCGAGUCUCGUGAGACUUUAUUCGGCUUUGAGAAGCUGAAAACCCCAGAGGUCCGGAGAGCCGGGGUGUCGAAGUUUGGCCUGGAGGUUUCUGCAGGAUCC